CACUACACGGCAGAAUGGCCCGUCUCCUGUAAGCGUCGUCAAGAUCUGGUGUACUGAAAUGGUGAAGUUCUCGAUUUUCACCCGCCUGCCUUUUUCCUAAAUUGGUACGAGCUAAAGGAAAAUGUAAAUUUCUGUCAUAAUCGAUUUACAGCUGAUCCGAUUAUGUUGUCUUAACAUUAAGUAUCGCAUCCUGAGAAAGCAGCGUGGUGGUACAUAUUUAACGCGCAGCCGCUACGCAAUUGACAUUUGUUCACUGCACUGUGAGGUACUGUACUCGCUGCGGUUAAAGGAGGAGAACUUGCACCUCGAUAAACUCACACCGAGGUCCCCUUUCGGGCGGAGACCUCCCUGCCCGGCGCUGAUCGUAGCCUCCGCUGACAGGUGGCCGGGGGCGCUAGGCGGGACUCUCCCAGCCGGACUCUCCGAGGCGUGUUUAAAAACCCCAGCGCCUCCAGACAGGAGCCCAGCUCUCCAAGAAGCCGAGUUCCGUCCCGUCCCGUCCCGUCCUGUACCGUACCGUUCCGUACAGUGCCUGCCUAGAUUCUAAGAAAACAACAGCAAACGCCGCCAACAGUCCGGGCCGAGAGAUGUCGAGCGCCGGGCCAGCAGUCGGUUCCCGGAGCAAUCCGGCGAAGUUUAAGAACCAGGAGUUCGCGAGCCUGCGCGCCCAGUGCCUGCGGUCCGGCUCGCUGUUCGAGGACCCGGAGUUCCCGGCUCAGCAGGACUCCCUGGGGCUGCCCUCGGACCCGGACCCGGCCAAAGCCGUCGUGUGGCGUCGACCCAAGGAGAUCAGCAAGGAGCCCAAGUUUAUCGAGGGCACAGCAAGUACCACCGACAUCUGCCAAGGACAGCUGGGUGACUGCUGGCUGCUGGCUGCCCUGUCAUGUCUCACUCUCCACCAGCCGCUGUUCAACAAUGUGGUGCCCGGAGACCAGAGCCUGUCUGAAGAGUACGCUGGCAUCUUCCACUUCAAGUUCUGGCAGUAUGGGCAGUGGGUGGAGGUCGUGGUGGAUGACCGGCUGCCGGUCCAGAGAGGCCGCCUGCUGUUCAGCUACUCCCGCACGCAGAACGAGUUCUGGAGCGCGCUGCUGGAGAAGGCCUACGCCAAGGUCAACGGCUGCUACGCCAGUCUGAAGGGGGGCAACAUCUCGGAGGCCAUGGAGGAUUUCACCGGGGGCAUCGCCCGGUCCUUGCCCGUGAAGUCCCGGACCCCCGCAGUGCUGUGGCGGGCGGUGGGAGAGUCCCUGUCCCGGGGCACACUGCUGUCCUGCUUCAUCCAGGCUGCCAGUGCUGCCGAGGUGGGGAAGGUGACCCCCCAGGGGCUGGUGAAGGGCCACGCCUACUCCAUCACGGACACCAACAAGGUGAAGGAUGGCUCGGCGGAGGUGUGUCUGUUCAGACUCCGCAACCCCUGGGGCUUUGUCGAGUACUGCGGGCCCUGGAGUGACAAGUGCGAGGACUGGGACAGAGUGGACAACGCAGAGAAGCAGAGGAUUAAGCUGAUCCGUGCUGAGGACGGAGAGUUCUGGAUCAAGGCGGAUGACCUCUCGCACCUGUUCACCACAGUGGAGAUGUGCAGUGUCAAUCCGGAUGCCCUAGGGGGCGCUCAGUCCCUCUGGAGGAUCACCGCUCAUGAAGGGGCCUGGGUGCCAGGCUGCUCUGCUGGGGGAAGCCGCAAGUUCAGACGCACCUUCUGUAAGAACCCUCAGUUCCGGCUGAUCCUGUCCCAGCAGGACCGGGAAGAGGUCGCCGAGGGCGAUGAGGAUGAGGAGGAAGAGGCUGCGGAGGACGGCGAUGGCGUGGACGACGAGGGCGGGGAGGUGGAGCAGGCGGGGCAGCCUGCGGGCAGAGGGACACAGGGCAGUGUGGUCCUGGAGCUGCUGCAGAAGCACCGCAGGCAGAAGGACAAGAUCAGCUUCCUCUACAUCGCCUUCCAUGUCUACAGGAUUCCCCCAGAACUGCAGGACGUGCCCGGCAGCCUGGCUGCCGACUUCUUCUCCUCCAACAAGCCGGUGGCGCGGUCCGGCAAGUACCGGCAGCUGCGCGGGGUCAGGAAGAAGGUCAAGCUGGAGCCCGGUCACUACGUCAUCGUGACGUCCAGCUACAAGCCCAACGUCGAGGGCAGCUUCUUCCUGCGCAUCUACGCCAAGACGGGCAAUGAGCUGGGGAACCAGGGUGGCUUUGACUGCUCCUCAGAGUUCGCCACGGUUGUGCAGGCCGAGCCCAUCACCGCAGAGGACCGAGGGACUGUCCGGGGCCUGUUCGAGGAGCUGGCGGGGAGGGAUUACAGGCUGAACGCGGUGGAGCUCAUGAGGCUGGCCAGCUCGGUUUUCCCAGAGAACUUCCAGCUGUCUCUGGAGACGUGCCGCAGCCUGAUCUUCGGAGAGGAUACAGGAGGAAGGGGCACCCUCAGCCUGGGCGAGACCGAGCAGCUGGUGGCGUCACUGCGCAGUCUGCAGGCCAUCUUCUCUCAGUUUGAUGAGGAUUCGUCUGGGACCAUGAGCCCCUUUGAGCUGAGCCUGGCCUUGCAGGCAGCUGGGUUCCAGCUGGACGCCCCAGUGCUGCAGCUGCUGUGGCUCCGUCACGGCACGGCUGACCUCUCGCUGACCUUCGACGGCUUGGUGGCGUGCGUUGGCAAGCUGCGCAAACUCUUCGAUCUCUAUGAAUCAGAAGGCAGUUCGGGGGUGAAGGAACGUGGCAUCAAUGCGUGGCUCCUCAGGUACAUCGGAGUGUGAGGUGUGGACCCAGCCCCCCCUGCCCUCUCCCUCAUCCCGCCGGGAAGCAGCUCGCCCUUGAGGCGCUGGCCUGUGAGACACCUUUCCUGCCUUGUCCAGCUGCCUUUUCCCCUGCUGAUCCCGCCGCGUCCCGAGAUCGAAGAGUCUCCGCAGCGUCAGCGCCACCUCCGGCUGACCCGCUGUCCCGGCCCGUGCUAAGUUGGUUGUGACGCUUCGGAGCCGAUCUCUGGGGCAGCACAAAUUUGGGCAGGGGGGGGCAGUUCCCUCCAUCACCAGGCCGGACAGGACCGUUAGCCGACUGUGAGCGGGACACCCCCAUGUGACGGCGCCACCAGGACUGGGUGUGCUGGUGUCGGCCAGGAACCCGAGCUUCCUGUGGGGCAGGAACUCCUGCCACAGGGCCUGACUCUGGCAGGACUGUGCCACCCCUCCGGUCCCAGAGUCCGCUCCUGUGUGACUCAGCAGGUGCUGUUGUCCCGGGACGCCCAGGCUUCGGGCUCAGCGCAGGGUGGAGGCCAGGCUCCCCAGUAGGAAGCUGGCACGUCUUCAGGCGACUGAGGGUCCUGACCAGCUGUUCCCGAGGUUCUUGACUUGGGGGAGGGGGGGGCGGAGGGUAUUGGACUUUCACGUCUGGCUGAAGUACAGUUAGCAAAUUACUGAAAAGUAACGUUUUUGUUUAAAAAGAUAGCAAUUUCAUAAAAAGCAAGAAGGCAGGUAGGGUGAUCAAAAUCCAGUGCUGUGACUUGGAGAAGAAAACAGGAUUUCAAUCCAGGAUGCCUGAAAUAUGUGGGCUCUCUUAGUUGUUGUUUUUUUUUUGGGGGGGGGGGCGGCAUUAAAAAACGUUUAUUUUGUCCUCAAUUUUCAAGAGCUUUAUAGUGCUGUAUCAAGCUCCUGAGCACAAGUUUUUCUUGUGUUCCCUAAUCUCAGUGUAGUACAAUAGUUAAACUCUUAUUCUGUUAGCCAGGCACUACAGCCCUGCUGUCUGAUCUUCUGUACUUGAAGAGAAGGAGUAGAGGGGUGCAGGUUUCUGAGUUUUGUACAAUCAUAAUGGACUAGAAUCACAGUUAGAGCUGAGGUUCAACAUUUUCUUUCCUCUUUUAAUUACUAUUUGUUAGUAAGAGUGUUUGAAUAUUGGAAUGAGCCAGUAACCUGUGAAUUAAACAUGUGGAACUCCCA